AUGGACGCUAAUUCCUUACUUAGAGACCAAAUACGCCACAAACUGACCGAGGUUUCUUUGUCAUCUAAACACGUAAAAGAUGUGGCAUCGUUUCUGCUAAUCCAGGCAGAGCAUUCAGAUUUCAUCUCAAGCCAGUGGUUGGAAAUAUUUAAAAAUUCUAACAAUCCAAGUUUCCAAUUAGCUCUACUUUAUGUGGCAAAUGAAAUUCUUACUAAAAGUUCUAAAUAUGGCGUCUCUGAAUUCGGUGAAGCACUAAAACCUGUCGUAACGCAAGCAGCACAAUUUUUAAAACCUGGGCCAUUUAUAUCUAAGCUUACAAAGUUGAUUAAUUACUGGACCUAUCGUAAAGUCUUCGAUACCAAGUUUACUGAACAGCUUUUACAGAAACUAAAUGCUACAGAACAAGUCGAUAAGAAAAAUAUAACUCCAACAUCACAUUAUAAUAGUAAUGCAGAUAGUAUAGUUAAAAACUUUAAUCCUGAGAAGCUACUUGAUACGUUACGCAAGAUAAAACAACUAGAUGAAAUUUGUGAAUCACACGGAAAAUUCGAUAUUAACCCACUUGGUUACGGUACACCAAUCUCAUCAACUGUUAGUUCAUUAAAAAGUAAAGAAGAAAGUCGAUCAUUAACAGGUCAAAAAUAUGAAGAACGCUUGGAACAUAUGAAUGCGUUGCAAAGUAUACUAGAAGGUGCAGAAAUUUAUUAUAAUGUACAAUUGAAAGAAGUUGCUGUCGUUGUGAAUGCCUAUGGUACGUACGGAAAACGUGUUACAAAGACACUUUCUCAACUGCAUGAUUUAAUCCAUAUGGAUCAUACUUCAUCAUCGUCAUCACCAUCUAGAACUACUACUACAACUUGUCAACCUGAUCAUAACAAACAGUCAAUAAAAUACAACAGAGAGAACUGUUUAAAUGAAUCACUUUAUGCAGGUGAUGAAUAUUAUGAAGAUUUAAAUGAUGGAUUUACUCAUCACGAUGACGACGAUGAUAACGAUGGUGUUGGCGUUGACUUGGAAUACCAUGAAGAUAUCGAUGUUGAUAAAGAAGACUGUAGUAUCAACAAUAAUAACAAAACUGAAAAAUUGAACACAAAAUUGUUAAAUAAAAAAGAUAUCGAAUAUUCUUCUGACAUCAUUAAUAAUCAAUCACCGAUUGAUAUAUCCUCAAAAGUAAUCACAGAUAGUUUAACUAAUCGAAUCAAUAAUCAAUCAUCAAAUAUUUUCAAUUUACUUGUUAAAUCAAAUAAUUCUACUACAAUUGGUAAAGAAUGUGAUUCCAAGUCAUCAAUGCAUCAGUCCCAAACAUUUCAAUCAAUUUUUUGUGAUGCUUCCGGUGAUGUAGAUUAUCGAGUAUUAUUAAAUCCAACAUUACCUAAUUUAGUUAAAACUAAUGAUGAUAAUAAUUCCAGACCGGAAAUGAUCCCAACUUCAAAAUUACAAGAUCCAAUAGUUACCAAUCCUUCAGAAGUUAACCCUAUUAAUUCUUUAUCAAAUAUGCCUAAAAUGAAUCCUCAUGACACUUCCGUUGUUGUUAAUGCCAACGAUUAUUCGCAUAAAUUUAAAAGUUUACAUAAAACUGUUUAUUCAACUUGUACCAGUUCAAAUACUCAGAAUAAUAAAGAUACUGUCAGUGAUUAUCAUCAUCAACAACAACAUGGUCAUGAUAAGAUGAUAAAUAAAACAAGUCAUACCGCUGUUGAUGAUGAAGAAGAUAAUAUGGAAGUAUCAGAUGGCGAAGAACCUUCUGAUAUAACAAAUCAAAGCAUACUGGAUAAAAAAGUAAAUCCAAAUGAUCAGUCUGAUAUAACUGGAACAGCAUCUGAUAAUAAUCCUACAACCCCUACUAUUUCACCCAACAAUCCAGUAUUAGGUUUGACUGUGCCAUCUGAAUCUUUUAUGCAACCAACUCCACCACGACCGCCUACGUCUGUACGUAUUCCUCCUCCUCCGGCGCCUCCACCAUUUGUUGUUGGGGAAUUAGAUGGUCAACAUUCUUUCAGUCCACCACCUCCCCUUCCUUCAACAUUAAAUGAACUAGCUUAUCAUCAGCAUCAUAUCUUACCUGUGACCAAAUCCGACUCAUUCAUUCCACAACCUCCAGCACCACCACCAAUGUUAUUGAAUUUGCAACAGAUCAAUACGACUAUUACCAGUAGUGCUAGUAGCAACAGUAGUAGUGAGUUGACAAAAUCUUCUGAACAAUCAUCUGUCAAUUCUUGUGAAAUUAUCCAGUCGGAAAAAUUAUCCGCUAUUGAUAUAUUAAAAAAUCUAUGUCAAUCAUCAUCUUUACAAUCGUCAAAAUCAUCUUCCUCCUCAUCGUCGUUAUCAUCAUCAUCGUCAUCAUUCAAUUUUUCUUCUAAUGUUAUGACGACAUCAAUUUCUUCAUUUAUUUCUCCUUUUUUAUCUAUACCACUGUCAAUUUCCACAUCAUCAUCAUUAUCUAUUGAGAAUGAUAUGACUUCUUCAUUGUCUAAUAGUAAUAUUCCAUUAUUAUCACCUAAUAAUAUUCAACAAGAUAUAAUAAUGAAUUCAUUAAAUUCUAUUAAAAAUCUACCCAUUUCAACUUCUUCUUCUUCAUCAUCAUCAUCUUGUGAGACAAAUAUUCAUCAAAAUGUAAAUAAGAAAAUGAUAGAAGAUCCAUUUGCUGUUAUUUCUCGUUUAACUGGACUAUCAAAUUUAAUGAAAAACAUCCCAGCACAAUCGAAUCCUAUUACACUGUCAGUUACUUCCCCUGUUCCAUCCAGUAACCCUGUUCUGGAAUCUUUUCAUGAUACAAUUAUUUCUACUAGUACUACUAUCACAACAACAACAACCACUGCUGCCACUGAUUUAUGUUGGAAAACUAACCACCUAAUGAAUGAUCCAUUGUUAUUGUCAUCUACCAAUAAUGAUUUUAAAUCAAUAGGUUGCGUUCAAGAAGCAAUAACGACCAAUGCAACAAUAGCAACAACAACGAAUGUUUCUAAUAAUUCAUAUAUUCCAUGUGUCAAACGAUCCAGAUUUUCAGAUGCUAUCAAUAUUGAAGAUAACAGUAAAACAAAUGUUCCAUCAUCAACCACCAAUGCAUUAUCUACUACUAAUGUGACUAUUUUAUCUUGUACUACUCCUACGACCACAACGACUAUCUCAUCAUCGUCUACGAGUUCUGAUCUACUACGUUGUUCGAUCGAUAAAAAAUCAUCAUCAUCAUCAUCAUCAUCAUCUGUUUCUAAAACUUCAAUAAAUAAUGACAAUGAAGAACAAUCGAAAUUCUCUGGUUUUGAUAAAAUUAACUCUAUGAAUAGUAGUAAUGAUAGUGAUAGUUCUCCAGGCGGUGGUGAUACACCUACUUUAGAUGAAAGACAAGAUGAUUUAUUAUUAUCGGGUAAUAAUGAUAAAGAUCAAUCUCUGAUAUCAUUUCAUCCGUUUGGUACACCAGCAUCAAGUUUAGCGGAUUUUUUAAUUCCCAAUUCAUGUCAUGGAACGGAUCCAAAAUCUUUUCUGUCAAAUAUUCCUCAUAGUAUCGUUUCACAGACUUCAAUUACUCCUUCUCCUAUUCCAUCAUUAACAUCUGGAUAUAGAUUACCAUUUUGUAAUCUUUCAAAUCCUAUGAACAAUACUACUUCAAUUCCUGUUGUUAAUUCAAUGAAUAUACCUUCAACACAAUUAUCAAUGAUCCAACCAACUGUACUAACAGCGAAUAAUAAUCCUAACAUGCCUAUAACGAAUUCACAGGUAGCUCCUGGACUAACUCAUUCAAAUAUGAUGUUUUAUGAUCCAAUGACAAGAAUGCCUAUUACUCCUAGACCAUUAGUACCUGGACCUUUUAUGAUAUCACCUCAGCAAACACGUUCAAUAGCAACAGUUCCAGCACAGAAUAAUUUACAAUUACCAACUACACUAUUUCGUGGACAGAAUUGGUCACAAUCGUUAGUCAAUCAAACAACAUCGUUACAACGUCCUCCAUCUAAUGAUUUUUGGGCACUGAUGAGUACAGUUCCCCCACCUCCUCCUCCGCCUCCACCACCACCACCACAACAACCUUCAACUCUAUCCCAACCGCCUACGCUUUCACCAUUUAAUCCAACUCAAAUACGUCAACCAUUAAUUGGAGGGAUGUUGCUUAAUCCAAAUUCAUGGAUGUUCUCUUCAACUAAUCGAGAUCAAAAAAAAUAA